UAUUUCAUUAACCGAACCUACCAAGUAGGUGCCUAAGAAGAUUCAGUGCAUGAGGAACAUAGUGGUCCUUCAUUCUAGUCCUUUAAGGAAUGAAAUCAAAAUCACUGAUCUUUAAUCCAACGAUUGAUAUUGGGGUUAGAAAAAUAUCCCACAAACAAGGCCACACUGUAACACAACAAUUCUCUCACUUUCCCUUUUUAUCUUACAGACAACUAGCGGCAAAUCCUAAGCACACUCUCCAAAGAAUCAAAACAUCCUUAGUUUAAUUCACUGACACACUCCUUCAAGAGAGAGAGAGAGAGAGAUCAAAUAUGGGUUCUGGAGCUGGAAAUUUCCUCAAGUUGGUUCUGAAAAAUUUUGAUGUUCUUGCUGGGCCUGUGCUGAGUCUUGCGUAUCCUCUAUAUGCUUCAGUUAGGGCUAUUGAGAGCAAGUCUCCGGUUGAUGACCAGCAAUGGCUUACUUAUUGGGUUAUGUAUUCCUUGAUCACCCUUUUUGAACUUACUUUUGCCAAAGUUCUUGAAUGGAUUCCUAUGUGGCCAUAUGCAAAGCUGAUCCUAACUUGCUGGUUGGUCCUUCCUUACUUCAGUGGUGCUGCCUAUAUUUACGAGCAUUAUGUUAGACCUUUCUUUGUCAAUCCUCAGAACAUUAACAUUUGGUAUGUUCCAAGCAAAAAGGACUCUUUGGGUAAGCCAGAUGACAUUCUAACUGCCGCAGAGAAGUACAUUCAAGAGAAUGGAACUGAAGCAUUUGAGAAUAUGAUCAGCAAGGCUGAUAAAUCAAAGAAAAGAGGCAAAAAUGCAAAGUAUGAAGGGAGUCAUUGAAUCCAAUCUGGUAGCUUCUGUCUUGUUUGGGAUAAGGGGGUGCAUGUAUAUGUUAGCAUGGUACUGACAUAUUACUUUUUCUUUUUCUCUGUGGAGAUAAUUAGGUUUGGUUUACCUUUCAUUGAGUUCUUGUUAGCGUGUAACUAUCUCAGGCUAAGCCAUCGAUGUUUUGUCUCAUGGCUAUGACAAUUAUGGUAUAUAGAAUUAUAGAUAAUAGAGGUAAAAA